AUGCUGAUGUCCAAAGCCAGAUUGGAUGAAUUUAAAAUAGACAUAGCACUUUUGGCUCCCUGGUUGUCAGCAAGAACCAAGCGCCUUAUGAAAGGCAGCAAAAAAGGAGCCAAGAAGAAAGUGGUUGAUCCAUUUUCAAAGAAAGGUUGGUGUGAUGUAAAAGUGCCAGCUAUGUUUAAUAUAAGAAAUAUCAGAAAAACACUAGUCACAAGAACUCAAGCAACCAAAAUCGCAUCUGAUGACCUUAAGGGUCAUGUUUUCGAAGUGAGCCUUGCUGCUCAGAAUGAUGAAGUUGCAUUUAGAAAGUUCAAGCUAAUUACUGAAGAUGUUCAAGGCAAAAACUCUAAUUUCUGUGGCAUGGAUCUUACCCAUGACAAAAUGUGCUCCAUGGUCAAAAAAUGUCAGAUCAUGAUUGAAGCUCCUGUUAGUGUCAAGACUGCCAAUGGUUAUUUGCUUCAUCUCUUUUGUGUUGCUUUUACUACUAAACGCAACAUUCAGAUUUGGAAGACCUGUUAUGCUCACCACCAACAAAUCCACCAAAUUUGGAAAAAGAUGAUGGAAAUCAUGACCCAAGAGGUGCAGACAAAUGACUUGAAAAAAGUGGUCAAUAAAUUGAUUCCAGACAGCAUCGGGAAUGACAUAGAAAAGAUUUGUCAGUCUAUUUAUCCACUCCAUGAUGUCUUCAUUAGAAAAGUAAAAAUGCUGACAAAACCUAACUUUGAAUUGGGAAAGCUCAUGGAGCUUCAUGAUGAAGGUAGUAGUUUUGGAAAAGCUACUGGGAGUGAGACUGGUGCUAAAGUUGAACAAGCUGAUGGAUAUGAGCCACCAGCCCAAGAAUCUGUUUAAAAUUCAGACAUUUAACG